GGGAACGGAUAAGUGUUAUCCAAAACCGUGCGCAAUUCAACCUGUUUACACAUUUGUGAAGCAGCUGGGAGAACGAUGCCAAAAGCCAACCCAAUGACAGCCUUUAGAGUGCUUUCGUCUUCUGUGCUGAUGCUGGUACUGAUGCAGUCCGGAGCUUUUUGCGCACGGAGGUUCCGUGGUGGCCGCAACCCACAACCGCGUCGCUCAUCACCGCCUCCCACUUACCGCGCGGACCGAGGGGAGGCCACCGAGAGCUUCCCGCUGGAUUUCACCGCAGUUGAAGAGAACAUGGAUAACUUCAUGACGCAAGUGAAGAACCUGGCGCAGUCCCUCUACCCUUGCUCUGCGCAAAAGCUCGACUACGACAUGAAGUUAAAUCUUUUGGAAAAUACAUCAGUCACUUGCAACGAUGGAAGCCCUGCAGGAUAUUACUUGAAAGAAUCUCGUGGAAGCAGACGAUGGCUGAUAUUUUUAGAAGGUGGAUGGUACUGCUUCAACAAAGAAAACUGUGACAGUCGGUAUGAGACCAUGAGGAGACUGAUGAGCUCCUCAAAGUGGCCCCAAACUAAAACAGGUACAGGAAUCCUGUCUCCACUCCCGGAGGAAAACCCUCAUUGGUGGAACGCAAACAUGGUAUUUAUUCCAUACUGCUCAAGCGAUGUGUGGAGUGGUGCCUCGGCCAAAACAGAACAAAGUGGCUAUGCUUUUAUGGGAUCUCUUAUUAUUCAAGAAGUGGUAAAGGACCUCCUAAAUAAAGGUCUAGAAAAUGCAAAGGUUCUUCUUCUUGCAGGAAGCAGCGCUGGAGGUACAGGAGUUCUGCUGAACGUAGAUCGUGUUGCAGAGCUUUUGGAAGGAUUGGGGCAUACUUCUAUUCAAGUUCGUGGUCUUGCAGAUUCGGGAUGGUUCCUGGAUAACAAGCAGUACCACUUCACUGACUGCGUGGACACAGUCAGCUGUUCCCCAACCGAGACCAUCAAGCGAGGCAUCAAAUACUGGGGAGGAGUAGUCCCAGAGAGAUGCAGAAAAAGUUAUGAAGGAGAGGAGUGGAACUGUUUCUUUGGUUACAGAGUCUUCUCAUCAAUAAAAAGCCCAGUCUUUGUGGUGCAGUGGUUGUUUGACGAAGCCCAGCUGACAGUGGACAACAUUCAGCUGACAGGCCAACCUGUGCAAGAAGGACAGUGGCGUUACAUUCAAAACCUGGGAAUUGAACUGAGGAAGACACUGAAUAAUGUCCCGGCGAUGUUUGCUCCUGCAUGUCUAUCACAUGAAGUAAUCACAAGAACGUACUGGAUAGACAUACAAGUGAAAGGAACUUCUCUGCCCCGCGCUCUGCAUUGCUGGGACCGUAGCCUCCAGGACCACCGGAACAACAAGGCUCCACCCAAAGGAUGUCCUGUGCAUUUGAUUGACAGCUGCCCAUGGCCUCACUGUAAUCCCACCUGUCCCACCAUCAGAGACCAGUUCACUGGGCAGGAGAUGAAUGUCAUCCAGUUCCUUAUGCAUAUGGGCUUCGACGUGCAGAAGAUGGCUCAGCAACAGGGCAUGGAUCCCAGUAAACUUCUGGGGAUGCUCAGCAGUGGCAGCUAAAACGAAAACAUAAAAACAGUUUCCUGAAGCUAAGUCCGCAGAGGGCUCGCUGGUCUUCAUGGCCAGUUUUUAUAACUGAUACCUCCAACUUUUUGUCAAAACUAUUCUUUUAUUGGC